CAUCACCACACAGCGAGGGAUUCGGCCGAAAGCACUCCUCCUCGGCGUCUGAACCCUGCUGCUUUCCCCUCCCCCCGGUUGGAAGAUACAGAUGUCAGAAGCCGAGACAGACAAGGUAAAAAUCAAACCAGCAGAAAGUUUUGACCAUGACAAGAAAAAUAUUUCUUGGCUGAAGAAUGAACUGGACAGUCCCAUCCUACAGCCCCUUGGAGAGUCAGACAGCUGCACCAGGUCCCUGCCUCUCCUGGUGCUCCCCAGGGUGAUGCUGCACAGCGAGGACCAAGCAGAUAACCAGCUUACAAAUGAAAAACGUACAGAUGAAAAGCCUAUGAAAGGUAUUGUUAUGAGUUCUGUCGCAGAAUUCAGCAUCACAGACACUUCAUCAAAGGGUACCAAAAAUGAGAAGAAAUUGUCAGAUGCGAGCACAUCAUCCAUUGCUUCCCUGGAGAAAUGCAGAGAAUUCACUUACAUUGAAGAAGACACAUCAGUACAUCAGAGAGACAGUGACGAUGAAUGCGCAACACUUAUCCUGGCCUGCUUGUUCUGCCAAUUUUGGGACUGUCUUAUAAUGCUGCCUGAUACCUGUGAACAUUGGCUGACAGAUACCUGUUGUCCAUCCAAUAGAUACUACCAGACCUCCAACGAAGACCACACAAACAACGACUGCAACUGUGACUGUGACAUCGAUUGCAGCCUUUUUGAGUCCUGCCACGAGACUGGUGAAUGCCUGGAACUUGCUAUGGAGAUUUCCGAAGUCUGCUAUCGCUAAUAGGAAAAUAAGUGGCAA